UGGUAUAGUGUGGUAAUAUCAAUAUAUAUUACCUAAAAGAAAGGGGGGAAAACAAAAAGAGAGAGAAAAAAAACUUGUCUUCUGUCUCAUCUCAUUUCAUCCGCAACCAAAGAACACCAAACGCCAAAAAAGGAGAAAAAUCGAAAUUAAAGCUAACGAGUUGAUGAAGAGAAGAAACGCAAUUAAAGAGGGUCACUUCAAUUUUUAUUUGUCGAUUGCUAGAGAAAAAAAUGAAGAUGGAAUAGAGAAAGAGAAAGGAUCUGGAAAAAUAUUGGAAAAAGGAAGAGAGAAUGAAUAAAGUAGAGUUGCAGAGAAAUGGAGAUUGUGAGAGAAAAAGUAAGAGAGAAGGAAAAGUGAAAGAGAAAGGAUCUGGAAAAAUAUUGGAAAAAGGAAGAGAGAAGGAAGAGAGAAGGAAUAAAGUAGAGUUGCAGAGAAAGGGUUAUUCUUUUUUUUUCAUUGAAAAGUCAGCCAUUGAAAUGCGGAAUAAAUAAAAAAAAAAUUAAAAAUACAAAAGCAGACAAAAAUGCCCUUCCCCACCCCUGCGUCCAGCCAACCACACGAUUCCUCCAUCCCCUAGAUCUACGGCUCCCAAGUGUUUACUGAUAGGUCAGUAACCAGUGGUUACUGACCCUAUCCCAAACCAUAUUUUACUACCACUAAUUACCGUACAAAUUAACUAAUACUAAUGGUUCUUCUUUCUUCUUUAAUUGACUCGUGGUUCGACCGCUUAUGUCAUUAUUCCAGGUAACCAGGAACGAAAUUGAGCCGCCAUUUAGCGACCCGGAGCCCAAAGGCCCAUACUUCGACUUCCACAUCUCGUGCUUUGUUUCGUCCGCCAACAGCUUCGGUUUGAUCGUCAAUGGCUGCUACGAGAUGGAACCGUUUUUCGUUGACCAUUGGAAUCGCCACGCGCUGCCUAAGGCAUGGUGCGUAGGGCCCUUUUGCCUAGCCGAGCCUGAUAACAGAUCAAAUAGCAAUACCACCAAUGGUCCAAUAGUGCUCCAACCCAACAACAAAGCACUAGCGUGGUGGAUGAAGUGGUUGGACCGAAAGCUCGAGCAAGGAAUUCCAAUCCUCUACGUGGCAUUCGGGUCCCAAGCCGAGAUAUCCUCUGACCAAGUCAAGGAGAUCGCUCGGGGGUUGGAAGAAUCUAGGGUGAGCUUCUUGUGGGUGAUAAAGAAUCGCGAUUUGGAACUCGAGGAGGAUCGGUUCGAAGAUCGAGGGGUGGUGGUUCGAGAGUGGGUUGAUCAGCGGGAGAUACUAACCCACCCGAGCGUCCAAGGGUUCUUGAGCCACUGCGGGCUGAACUCCACAAUGGAGGCGAUCUCUGCUGGGGUUCCGAUUCUGGCGUGGCCUAUGAUGGCCGAGCAGCCGUUGAAUGCUCGAAUGGUGGCCGAGGAGAUAAAGGUGGGACUUCGAGUCGAGACGUGUGAUGGGUCGGUCAAAGGGUUCGUGACUCGAGUCGGGCUGAGUAAGAUGGUCAAGGAGUUGAUGGAAGGAGAGAGAGGAAAAGAGGCAAGGAAGAGGACUAAGGAGUAUGGGGAAAUUACUAGAAAGGCCAUGGAAGAAGGAGCCGGUUCUUCGUGGAGGAAUUUGGGUUUGUUGAUUGGUGAAAUUUGCGAGAGGAAGGAGGCAUAAAAUAUGGAUUAUCUUUCAAUUAUGAUAUACUGCAAAUUGUUUGUAUGAACGACGCACAAAUCAAUGUGUAUAUUCAGAUUUGGUAUUUAACAUUUGAAAAUAAUCAGAGCAUGCAUGUAACAUUGCAAUAAUUUGUUUGUAUGCACUAUGAAGGACUGUGAUCCGUUGUAGUUUCCUAUUUGAAAAUGUGUUUGUGUUUUACAAUUAUAGAAAAUAAUUUGUUAUUGUGGAAUUAUAUAUAGAUAACUCAGUGACUUAAUUUGUCCAACAGAAUCAAUAUUGAUAUCGACAAACUAACAUAUACACAUAACUGUGUGUGCACAAUUAACUUUGCUCAUGCUAAUCAAAUCUAACACUCAUUAACAUUGAAGAUUAGUAUAUAUUCUACAUAACAUCUCUCUUUCAUUUUAGUAUCGGGCAAGGAUGUAUACUGUUAAUUGAUCUGGGAGUUUAAAUGUUAUUUCCCAUCAAAUCAAACCCCUCCCAACUUUUUACUCCUUGAGUGGAUUUAGUCAUCAUAUAAUGAAAAGAUGGUGAUGGCAACUUUACUUAAAUAAUUAACAAUAGGGGUACUGAGAUUUGAGUCCAAAUCCUAGGAUAUGGUCAUGAUACAUGUGAUUUCUGCGAAGGCAAAGAUCAUGCAAAGAUUUUUAUAUGUGUUUUGGAGUGUUGAUGUCGUAUUUAAAGUGAUUAAUUAAUACAACACCAAAUAAAUAUAGGAUGUUUCUAUAAUGUGCAUACCCUUAACUAUUUGUGUAUGUUUUUUAUGCACCCAGUUUUAUAAUAAUUAUUUUAAACUAUCUAGAAUACUGUUAAAUCUCAAAGUGAUUUUAAAUUUUACUCAGUACAACAAUGAAAAAAGAAACUAAUUGUGAACUUGUAUGAAAAUUAUUUUUUUUGUUCUUAAGUAAAUCAAAAUUAAGAUUCUUUCCAAAUAAUUUUGGAAAUUGAGUAUGUUGAUCAUUAUAAGAACAAAUUUAUGAAUCAAAAUGCAUAAAGUAGCUAUAGUUUGUAAUUCUAUACUAUAUCAUCACAUCAACCAUAUAAUGUAGACAACUAAAGUUUGAAAAUGAAUGAUUAAAGUGUGCAUAUUAUAAACGUGUCGAACAAACAUGUAUUUAUCUCGUAUAAAAUAAACAAACAAGUAUUAGGUUCUCAUGUUAUGGGUAUUACCCUUAUUAUGAUGCAUGCCACCUUGGAACACAAAUUUAUGAAGCAAGUCUCUGCCAUUGAUCCACAGCCAUUGUUGGUAACUGAUGACGAUUGAAUAGGUUGAUUGCACGACUAAUCAAUCCUAGUUUGUUAAGUAGAGUGGUAAAUUAAAUGGUAUCGUCUUGUACGUAUGAUUAUAAUGUGGCCACAUGCCUCAGCGAGAUUGAUUAUAUGAAUAUAUCUAUGGCGGCCGGCUGGUUCAAAGUCGCAAAAGCGCCAUCAGCCAAUUACACGCGGUAGCUGAAACCUUGUCGUCAUCGAGCAAUCUGGAAUAUGCUUCUUCUACUUCUUCAUUGCCAUUAUUUAGAAGAAAAAUUGAAGUCCUCUAGAAGCUUUGAUUCCACGAGAGCGUUUGUUUAUUGUUUUGCUUUUUCUCUGUAAAAUAUAAAAUAGUAAUUCCAAUUUUAUACGGGUUUUAUUCAGGUUAAAGGAGAAUAAAGCAAUGUCAAUAAAAAAUAAUGUCGUUAAAGGAGAAUAGCGAAAAUUCAUCAAACUUGAGAUAUUUAACCAAUUUUAAGUAAUCGCGAAUUAAAUAAAAUAUUGUUAGUGAU